AAUGAAUUAGAGUACCAAAUUUAAUAAAAAGCUUCAACAUAUAAUGCGAUGACUAACUAUGAAAUUACACAAAAUUCACUACAGGAUGGAAUUACUGGGUGCACGAUUAGAAGGCUUCAAAUGCUUCCUCUGAUUGUACCUACGAUAUCAAUACUUCCAUUUCGUUCAGACAUCAAAAUCCAUCUCCUUUUCGAAAACAGCACAAAAACAGCGACAGAAGAAUUGCAACUGAAUUUCUUUUUUUUAAAGCUUAUAUUGAUAAUUGUUGUAUGUUUGAAGUGAAAAAGAAGAAUCCCUAUUUCUUGGACUAUUGUCAUUUUUGCCAACUAUACUUUCAUUAUAGUCGUGUAUAACGCCUCGGAAUCGCUAUAGAAAAAAACUUUUUGGAAUGUAUAUUAGAAACUGAAUGUCUUACUUCGUCGUUUAUUAUUUUUGAAACACUUAAUUCUCUCUAUAUAAUAUGGUGAAAACUGCAUCUUUAAGUUUAAUGAGUAAUUUAAUAAUGAAAGGUGAAUCCGCCUCUUCAGACAAGAGUUCUAAAGCCCUUAAUGAUGAAGUACAUAAUCCACUAUCUUUUUCCUCUACAGAAGAAGACGACAAAAUCUUCGAAUUCGAUGAUCCAACUACUAAUCUAGCCACUUUGCAAGAGAAUGAAAAAAGCGGAAGCAUAAUACCAUCUAGUUUUGAUAGGAAAGAGUCUACUGAAUCAAGUGACUCCGAUGCACUUGGGCACGAGGAGAAUCCGAGAAAUAAGAAUGAAACAGAGCAGUCUGAGCCUGCAUUGAAACCGAACUCACCAUCCUUGCCUCUGUCAAACUAUGAAGAGUCUGGGUCUGAAGGCUCUGAUGGAUCUGGCGAAGAAGAAUAUAUAGUAGAGGCAGUAUUAGACGCUAGACUAAAGGAGAAUGGAACUGGAUAUCAAUAUUAUUUAAAAUGGGAAGGAUACGAUGAUCCAGAAGACAAUACCUGGAACGAAGAAGAGGACUGCGUCGGAUGUCAGGAGUUAGUAAACGAGUUUUGGAGGAAAAAGGGUGGGAAGCCUCCUAUUAAUAUGUUAAGGACUAAGAGAAGAAAAGCACGUUCUACGAGUCAAUCACGAAAAUUAUUAGAAAAGAAAACCGAUGAUGAUUUGAAACCCCCAAUCUCUACAUUUUCUCGUAAACGGCGAAAAUCCGCUACGAAGUCGAAAAACCUUGAAGAAAAUUCGGACGUUGAUCCAUCAUUGUCUCCUCUAUUACGCUCAGAAUCUUCUGCCAUUGACUCAUUUCUUGCUUUACGAAAAACCAAUGCUUUUAAACCUCCUUUUCACAUGGAGAGUUGGGAAGAUCUGGUAGACAGGGUAGAGACUGUACAAAAGUUAAAAAGCGGAAAGAUUAUCGUGCAACUUCAGUGGAAAGAUGGACAAAAAUCUGCUCAUGACAAUGUUAUUAUUCAUCAAAAAUGUCCCCUUCACAUUAUCCGAUUUUAUGAAGACCAUUUGAAUUUCGAGGAAGAAUAAUAGGAACGAUACCGGCGUUAUAAGUUUCAUAUAAUUUAUAUUUAACAUCCAUCUUCCCGAAGAUCGAUGACAUGAACUACCAAAGUAACCGGAUGCCCAAGACAAAAUUAAUUUGAAACGAUUGUGCAAUGAAAUAUCUUUUGAGAUUAAUUCCAUUAAUAUUUACUACUGUACUCUACUGUACUGGGUUACAUUACCGUAUACGGUAUACUGGGGUAUAGUGAAUUAUAGAAAGUUUCGAGCAGUCACAAAAUUUACGGUACGCCAAAGGUGAAAUUUCAGUUCCUCUACCACAACCAAGG